AUGGAUUCAGCUCCCACAGAGCUUGCCGCAACUAUCCAGGCUGCCAGCAUCGAACGCCAUCCGGAUCCUGCUCUUGAUAUCAACCCGCCCACAGCAGCCGAGAGAAGACAGCCUGUGACCCUAGAGCACGUCAAGCACGAGCACGAUGGUGGAAUUGACGACGACGACGACGACGACGAUGAAGAGGACAUCCCCUACAGCGUUCUCCGACCGGCGCCCAGGCAUUCCCACCUACCUCCUUUGCCAGAUCUGCGCUUCGAGCAGAGCUAUCUCCGAAGUAUCUCCAAGGCGGAUACAUGGUGGAAGAUCAUCAUGCCCUUAACCCAAGGCUUAGUGUACAACCUCUUCCUCUGUGGCUGGCAACAUUGGAACAGAAAUGCUCGAUUGCACGGCAACACACUAGGUGCGCGAGUAAGGCGCUGGUGGUGGGGAGUCAACAAUUGGAAGAUACCUACCCACCCUAAGAGAGGUUGA